UUAUAAAUUUAAUGAAUUAUUUAUUCAAUUGAUAUUUUUCGUAUAAAUGAUUAAAAAUUGUAAUUUGAUUUUCAGUAAGAAAGAUUUGAAAUUGAUUGAAGUUACAUUUUCAAAAGAUAAUGUUGCAUUUUCGGAUUAUCAUAUUAAUCAUUGCAUUUCUUGGUACAUCGUAUUGUUAUCCAAUAGAAGAACCGACGAAAUUUUUAUUAAACACCAACAAGGAUUCUAAUGUAGAAAAUUUGCAAAAACCUGCAUCGAAAUUGGAACAAGCACAAAUAACAUCUGCAAAUGACGUAUCAAGGAUAAGCAAUGAAAAUUCGAAAUAUUUGGAUCAAGGAACAGAAUUCUUAGAUUCCCUUCGUUAUCCUCCUAGCAUAUUUUUUGCUAGCAGUAAUAAUAAUAAAAGUAAUCGUGAAACUGUUCAUUUAGAAAACGAAUCUGAACAAUCAUUGGCUGAGAAAACAUUGACAUUGCCAUUUAACGAUUUGUUAAUUAAUUGGUUGAAACCUAAGCCAUUAGUGGAUCAAAUAAAAGAAGAGGACAAGUAUGGUAAUACGGGAGAAAAAAUGGCGACUAUUGGAAGAGCAUUAGUUAAUGGUUUUGAAAGUUUCAGUAAUUUUUUGAAUUCUGCUUUAAUAAACACAAAGAAUACAUUCUCGAAAACGGUGGGAAAUAAUGUUAUCGAUUCGUUGAAUCAACUUGGUGGUAAAUUAGUUGGUCUUCAAUAAAUUCAUAAAUAAAUAAACCAAUUGAAACGUUGAUGAAAUAAACAAUUUGUUAUUGAAAAAUCGAAUUUUUAUUAUGUCGUAUUUAUAAUUCCAACAAAAUUAUGCGUUUUCAAUAAUAAAUGAUCCAUUUGUUUGUUAAGAGAAAACAAUAAUGAGAGGAUUGCCAUUUAACGAGACGUUCGUAUAAAGUUACAUUUUUAUUUCUUUUUUUUUUUUUUAUUAUUAAAUAAACUAUAAAAAAAAAAGAAAA